GCGAGUUGCAGAUGUAUCACCGGCUCGCGCGCGCUGUCCCUGCGGCUCCCGUCGGAGUUAAACCGACACCUUUCCGACAACUUUUGGCGCAGGAAGAGACGCUUAUUAUUUGUAGCCUAUUUUGAUUUUAUUUUCUGAAAAGUACAGUCGUUGUGGUGUGUUGCGUUAUUAGUCAGCUCUUGGAGAACCUGUGAAGUGACCACGGAGCGCUGGAGGAGAGCUGGAGGAACUGGAGGAGAGCUGGAUACCUGACGGCUAUAACAUCCCAUUGUGAGUGGAUUUCUGGCCCGGGAAGAUCCUGUCUGCCCUGAAACCAUAUGUAAUGGACCAGCAGAGGGCGCUGCACUCCGACUGCCUGGUCUCAGGAAUCCGCACGCCUCCUGUCAGACGCAACAGCAAGCUGGCGAGCCUGGGACGCAUCUUCAAGCCAUGGAAGUGGAGGAAAAAGAAAAGUGAGAAGCUGAGGCCCCCUGGAGUGGCUGAGAAGAAGGCAGCUGUACGACAGAAGAGAGAUGAGCUCAUCAAGCGGAGCCCCGGGGACAUGGAAACAGACUCGGAUCUCGCUUGUGGGGGGAACAGCGAGGAUCCUGACACCCCGACCCAGUCAGACAGCGAGGACAGAGAUGAGGAACUCAUGGCCCCCUUGGCCAGUGCCAGUGAGGACCUGGGAAGUGAUUCAGAAGCCCCAGCAGUUCAAGAUUUGGAAGAAGAUCCGAAAGCGGCUGGAGAAAGCAAUCGGGGUGAGGACGAAGAUGCAGAAGAUGGGAACGUGUCACUAAGUGACUCCAGUGAGGAGCGGACGAUGGAAACAGCAGAAGCUACAGAGAUGAAACAGGAUAUAGUUGCAGCCAAGCCUCAGAGACGAGCCAGCACCCCUCCUCCACCAAGUCUUCCUGUCAAGCUGCUCACCAGGCUGGGCAGCUUAGAUGGCACUCCUCCAAUUGCAGUGAAAAAGUCUCCCGCCACAUUACCGAGGAACUUCACACUCCCCAAAGAACCUCACGGAUCCCUGCUGAGAGGCAGGAUCUCUACACCCACCGGCUCUCCGCACCUUGGGGCCCUUCACCAGCCACUGCCCCCCAGCUGCAUCAUUGAGGAACUGCAUCGUGCCCUGGCAACCAAACACAGACAGGAGAGUUUCCAGACAAAGGAAGCCCGCUGUUCCCCGAAGCGCAGAGCGGAUGGCCGGCUAUCUCGGACGUCCAGCAUGGAGAGGGAGUCACUCGGGGAAAUGGACGGCAAGAAGAGGUCGGACGAGAACAAGGAGAACUGUCGCCUGGAUCAGUACGCCAGCGACCAGGACAGCUGGAACGAGUCGGUAAUCUCUGGAACACUCCCCCGCAGGAUGAGGAAAGAGCUCCUGGCUGUGAAGCUUCGGAACAGGCCCAGCAAACAGGAGCUGGAGGACCGCAACAUCUUCCCGGUGCGCAGCGACCAAGAGCGACAGGAAAUCCGCCAGCAGAUAGAGAUGAAGCUGGCCAAGCGACUGAGCCAGAGACCGGCUGUGGAGGAGCUGGAGAGCCGGAACAUCUUAAAGCAGAGAAAUGACCAGAUUGAGCAGGAGGAGAGGAGGGAAAUAAAGCAGCGGCUCAACAGAAAACUCAACCAGAGGCCAACCGUGGAUGAGCUGCGGGACAGGAAGAUUCUGAUCCGUUUCAGCGACUAUGUGGAAGUGGCCAAAGCUCAGGACUAUGACAGACGUGCAGACAAGCCAUGGACCAGACUGUCAGCUGCUGACAAGGCGGCAAUCAGGAAGGAGCUGAACGAAUUCAAGAGCAACGAGAUGGAAGUUCAUUCCUCUAGCAAGCAUCUGACGAGGUUCCACCGGCCAUAGCAAGGUUUCUUCUGUGAAGAGUUGCUUAAAUCUGGUUCUGUCAGAGAAGACCUUGCAUCAGUGGCUGUCCUGAUAUUUGGGUUCAGCAAACCUUGGAGGCUAUGUCUCUAAUAGGGAGUCUGCUGGUAGGAGAGGCGGCAUGCAGCACGCUCCACCUGCUCUCAGGGGAAGCCCUCCUUCACCGCCCGGUCACAGCAGCAGGAAGGACAAAGAUCUGUCCUCCAGCUCCAGCAGACCAGCAGGGACUUUUUUUUGUAAACAGAUUAUUUUCAAAGACUUUGUUUUUGAGGCCACUGGUGGCGGGGAGGGGAGUCGGUGCAUGUGAUGAAGUCAACCAGUCCCACUCCAGUAAUGUUAGUCACAUCCCUGAGCCGUGUGUGAGUCUCAAUGAUUCAACUAAUCAGUUUCAUAUCAACACUGUAAAAUGUUCUUAAUGAGCCCUUGUCAAUGUACAAGACAGAAAUCCCUUUGUAAGCACUAUUUAUUGUCUGCACAAUACAAGUUUUCUAUUGGU